CUCAAAAUACAUGUCUUUCACUUCAGUCUUUCUCUCAAAAAUAUUCUCCAGUCUCAGACAGACACAGAUACACAUUAAUUAAAUCUCAUGUCCUUAAUUUGACCACACUACAGUCGAACUGCUAAACCAACCAUGUCGCCGUCUCCGGCGGCGGCGACUCGCCACCGCACCGAGAUAUCGGACACAACAACACUCAGCGAAAUUUCAGAAGUGGACACUGUACGACUCAGCUUAGAUCUUGUCUCUGCUGCUAAACGAAAUAUUGUGUUCUUGAAAGCUGUGAGUGAGUCACAGUGGCUUCACGAGAAAGCUUGUGCUGUUGAAGCUAUCAGAAGAUAUGAAGAGCUAUGGAUGCCGUUGAUUUCUGAUCUGACGGUGGGAUCAACUCCUCCUAUGAUUCUUCCUCCACUUGAUAUUGAGUGGGUUUGGUUCUGUCACACUUUGAAUCCAGUGAGUUACAAACAAUACUGCAGUGCAAGAUUCUCAAAACUAAUAGGGAAGCCAGCAAUUUUUUAUGAGGAAAAUGAAGAGUAUGCAUUGAUGAGAUGUGAAGAGUAUUGGAUGAAUAGAUAUCCAAAUGAUUCAUUUGAGAAUGAAGUUGAUUUGAAAUCAGACCAAGUUGUUGAAAAUGAAGAUUUAUUUAAUGAAGUGAUGAAACAUAGAUAUUUAUAUGUUAAAUUAUCAUUGCCAUAUAUGAGUGAGCUUGUGUAUUUAAUAGCAGCUAGAAAAAGAUACAAGGGAUUUUUGUAUUUAUUGCAGAGAUUCAGUGAAGGGUGUUCUAGAAGUGUUCCUAGUUUGGAUAUCUUGCUAAUGUUGAUAACUCAUCAGAGUUAUGCAACAGUGUAUGCAGAGGAUAUGAAGGAGAUGGAGGCUGAGAUGAUGGAGAAGGUAGUGGGGAUAUGGGAGACUGUGAAAGACAAAGAGGUUGAAGAAACAAAAAGGAUAUGGGAAAAAGCAUUUGAUCAACCUUAUGAGAAAGCUGGUGGAGCAGUGGAUUUUCAUGGUCUUGCCUCAGUCAAGCCACCCAUGUAUUGGGAUGUAUCAGAUAUAGACGUCAAUACCAAAUACAAGUCCUUGUUGCCUAGGUUCUUGCUGGAAGUUUGUAUAUAUGUGAGGCUCAACUCUAAAAUUAAACCAGAAAAGGAUGAAAAAAGAUGCAGCUUUCUACGUCUGCGAAUGGUGAGAUGCCAUAGGGAAAUGAUGAUUGAUAAACCUGUUUCCAGUUUCUCCUCGGAUACCUGGAAUAAAGUUUCUCAACUCUAUUGUGAGUUUGGCACCAAAGGACUAAUGCUCGAGUUUCAUAAACAAGGUAGCGGUUUCUUUAAGUCAAGCAAAGUAGAAGGCUCGGCUAUGUUCCUCUGGAAUGACUUGUUGCGAGCAUAUUCUCUUAAUCUGGAAAGAGAAAUUGAUAGGCAAUUCAGGAUUGUUGUAUCAAUAACUCCUCCUGUUCAAGCGCCAUACUUGUUGAAAUGUGUUCCGGACAGAGUUACAGAUGAUUCAGGGGCUAUGAUAUCAGAGGUGAUUCUGAAAAUGAACCACUACAAGCCUCAGGAAGGUCGGUGGCUGUCCCGUACAGUUCUUGAUCAUGCAGGGAGAGAGUGUUUUAUAGUUCGAACAAGAGUUGCAGGAGGGUUUUGGAGGAGAGGAGGAGAAAGGCCAACAGCCGUGAAAUGGGAAGACAGGAUCAUAGAGGUACGAGAAGGUUCUUGGAAAUAUGUUGCCGGUUCAAUCGGUAGAGCACCUGAGAAAGUAGUAGGAACAGCAACACCAAGAGAGCCUCCGGAAAAUUCGCAAGCUUCAUGGUGUUUCUCAACCGGAGACGAAUUAUUGAUAAGUUGGCAAUCAUCAUCGACAUCAUUAUCCGGCAUAACGUUAUCUUUAACAAAUCAGGCAUCUUCUGAUUCAACCAUGAAGUUGUUAAAAGGGCGUAAAAUGCAAUACAAAGUAGACAACGAGGAAGAAAAAGAAGAUGAAGCGGAUUUUGUGACAAUUAUUCGAUACACGGAAGAUAAUCCAACAGGAAGAGCAACAGCUCUUCUGAAUUGGAAGCUGCUGUUAGUUGAAGUAUUACCAGAGGAGGAUGCAGUUCUGGCAAUUCUGAUAUGCAUUUCGAUUCUCAGAAGUGUAUCAGAAUUGAGAAAAGAAGAUUUAGGAGGCUUGCUUACGAGAAGGAGAGUAAGAGAAGCAAAGACGGGUGGUAGAGAUUGGGGUUCUGUUGUUCUUCAUCCGUGUUCUUUGUCGCCAUCAAUGGCUUCACCGUACGUGAAGCCCUGGUAUUGGAAUGCAAAGUCUGUUAUUACAUCAGAUGUUGUACAAAAUUUAUCAAAACAAUCGGCUGCUAGUUCUUCACAAGUAGAAGGUGGUGAUAAAUUGUAUAAGCAAGGGAUUAUCACCACAGGACAUGUUUAACAUUUCUGUAUCAUUUUUUUAGCAGAAAUGUAAAGAGUACACACAAUUUGCAUUACAAAAAAACACAUUGCAUAGAUA